GGCGAGGGAGUGUAAGCGACCACCGGCUGGUCUGAUACACACCUGACUACACACACCUCGCCGCCGCCUCUUCCUCCUCCUUCCAUACACCACACACCUGUCUACUCCACACCUGCCCUCUACAAGCAACUCGUACCCACAACUCCAACACUCAAGAAAGAAGAGUGAGGCGAGCCAAGUGAGGGACAGAGAAAUAUCUUGAUGCUAAACUCCGCUGCUGCACAACGAUACUUCAGAAGAACUAUUAUGGUGUUGUACAUGAAGACACACUUCAGUAUUGAUAAUUGUGUUUCAGAUAUUUAAAUACACUAUGUUGUAAUGUUAGAUUCAGCUACUCGGAACAAAAAGCGCCAAGUAGCACGGGCUAUGGUGAGCCCUUAGUGGACUUGAAAAUUCACUAUUAUUAAACAACAUAAUUUUAAUUUGUGUAUAGACAACCUUUUCAUUGUUUAACAUCUUACAGAGAUCUGCUUGAGUGCACCAUGGCGGAUAAUACAAGAAAAGCCCAGUACGAAUGCCCACAAUGUUCUAAAUGCUUGGCAACUAAAUUUAGUCUUGAAAGACAUAUAAAUAUGCAUAAAGAGAAGCCUUUCCAGUGUUCAAUGUGUCAUAAAAUCUACAAACAGAAAAGUGCUUUAGAAAUACAUAUGAUGGUUCACACAGGACGUAAGCGUUUUCAGUGUUCAGAAUGCUGCAAGAGCUUUACGCUAAAUUCAGAUCUACUUGGGCAUAUUAGAAUACAUAAUGGAGAAAGACCUUACCCAUGUCCUGUAUGCUUUAAAAGUUUUCCAACAAAUUCAUCUUUGGCAAAACAUACGAAGACCCAUUCGGAAGAGAAACCUUUUCAGUGUCUCGAGUGUAAUAAAGGUUUUAAACGACGAUACGAAUUGGCCGUCCAUGCUAGAGUUCAUACCGGAGAGAAGCCAUACCAAUGUCUGGAGUGUUUUAAAUUUUUUUCAGAAAAAUCUAAUUUAGUAAAACAUGAGAGGAUACAUACAGGGAAAAAGCCACAUCAGUGUCCAUUGUGCCUUAAGUGCUUCUUAAGAAAAAGUGACAUGCAAACACACAUGGUGUAUCAUACCGGAGAGAAAUCAUAUCAAUGUAUGGUAUGCCUUAAAAAAUUUGCACUGAAUACAGGUUUAAUAAAGCACAUGAAGGUUCAUACAGGAGAAAAGCGAUAUCAAUGUAAUGAGUGCCUGAAAUUAUUUACAUACAAAUAUGCGCUCAUAAAUCACAUGAGAAUUCACACAGGUGAAAAACCAUAUCAGUGUGAAGUGUGUUUUAAAGACUUUUCAGACAGACAUACAUAUGUGACUCACUUUAAAGGUCAUACAGGUGAGAUGACAUACCAUUGUACAGAAUGUCCCAAAAAAUUUAUAAGAAAAGGAGAGUUCAUUGCACAUCAGAGGGCCCAUUCAGGGGAGAAACCUUUUCAUUGUUUAGAAUGUCCUAAAAGCUUUUCAUACAAACCUUAUUUAACAAGACAUAUGAGGGUUCAUACCAAAAAGAAAUAUGAUCCUUCACAGUGUCUCAGAAAUCUUAAGGGAAAAUGUAACAUAUUGGGACAUUCAGUGAUUCAUACAGAAGACAAACCUUACCAUUGUCUUGAGUGUUCUGGAAGUUUUUCUGAUAAAUAAUAGUAUAAUCUUAAGAUAAUUACAUUAAGGGAAGACUUAGAUAUAAGUAUGAAUGUCCAAAGGACAUUAGAGUAUGAACUAACAAAACUGCAGGCGAUGAGUCACAAUAACGUGGCUGACUGAAGUAUGUUGACCAGACCACACACUAGAAAUUGAAGGGACGACGACGUUUCGGUCCGUCCUGGACCAUUCUCAAGUCGAUUGUGUGAAACGUUGUCGUCCCUUCAAUUUCUAGUGUGUGGUCUGGUUAACAAAACUGCACUUAAAAACCACAUUCAAUGUCUUUAAAGUUAAAACUAAGCGUUUCUGAGCAAGGACCAUUCAGUAGCUGCCCUAGCUGUGAAUCGAGCCCAUCCAGGCUGUAACAAAAUACUAAACUGGAGAGAACCCUGUCGUAGCUCAGUCGAUUAGGGCAGUGUCUGGGAUGCUCCCAGACGCAGGUUCGAAUCCUCGUCACGGCCUUUGU